AUGGCACCCCCAACCGCCACCGAAACAGCCUCCGUGACCCUUCAGGCCCGCCAAUCCACCCAAGAGGCAGGCUCCCAAAACGCCAAAGUGAAAAUGGGAAUGCUCAAACCUCCCGUCUUCGACGAUAAGCAUAAGGAACGAGAAUACCUCAAAGGUCGGCUUGCCGCUGCAUUCCGUAUCUUCGGCAAGAAUGGUUACGACGAGGGCGUCGCCGGCCACAUUACCCUCCGCGAUCCCGUCGACCCAACAACCUUCUGGGUGAACCCGUUCGGCGUCGCCUUCUCGCAGAUCAAAGCCUCCGACCUUAUCCUGGUGAACCACGCAGGGGAGGUCAUUGACGGCGGACCCGUGCGGAUGCUCAAUGCCGCGGCGUUUAUGAUCCAUUCGGCUAUCCACGCGGCCAGACCGGAUGUUGUGUGUGCGGCGCAUAGUCAUAGUUUGUAUGGACGGGCGUUUUGUUCGCUGGGUAGACCGCUGGAUAUUAUUACGCAGGAUGCGUGUGCUUUUUACAACGACCACGUCGUCUACACGCAAUUCAACGGCGUCGUCCUCGCCGAAGAAGAAGGCCGCAACAUCGCCACAGCCUUGGGCGACAAGAAAGCCGCACUACUACAAAACCACGGCCUCCUGACCGUAGGCCGAUCGGUCGAAGAAACAGUAUUUUGGUUCGUGAGUCUCGAGAAGUGCUGCCAUGCGCAACUCCUGGCCGAUGCGGCUGCUGCCGGGCGCGGCGGGGCGACGGUGAAGAUCGAUGAUGCCGACGCUGCAUUUACGUAUAAGACGGUCGGGACGCAUGGGGCGGGGUGGUUUAGUGCGAAGCCGCUGUUUGAUGUUGUGCAUGAGGAGACGGGGGGGAGGUAUUUGGAGUAG